UCCAAGACACACUUAAUCCCAGGCGCCUGCACACCCACAGGCCUCUUUCCCGCACGUUCCCACACCUCCUUUCUUCCACGUCACGGCCUUAAAAUGCGUAUGACGUAACUUCUGCUGCCGUAACGGUAAUAAAAGGACCGCAUUUCGCGGAUGCCGGUAUCAUUCUGCAGACAGCAGCUACUGGUGCCUGUAAGUGAUCAACGAGUAUCCUCUAGUCCGUGCAAGUGCUCCCGUGCGACAAGUGGAAUCCGUGCGCUACGAAUUUACUUUGUGGACUGUCACUUUCACAGCACGUUGGACCGAAGUCUCGCUGCGAACCAUAGAAGAUUUCCUGUGAAGUAGAAGGAGAAGACUUCAAAAGUAUUGCCGCGUUCAUUUCCUCUGCUCUCUGGAUAACAUAUCCGAAAUGUCCUCCCCUACGAAAGAUUCUUUGGCACUCAGCGAGGCCGGGAAAGAAUCCCUGAUUCCGGUAAUCUUCAAUGGCCAGCCACAAUUCCCCAAUAAGAAAGCCCUCUCCAAGACGCGUAUUGUCCAGGACACAGUUGAGAAGAAGUGUCCAGUUGUGUCCGUCGAAGACGACCCUCUGCAACAAGAGUGGGCAGAGUUUUUGGAAGACUUCCCCCACUGCAGUCGAUAUCUUGAGCCGGGGUUCCUUGACAACCAGUUUCCCGCACUGCGUCAGCGACUGGAGGAGGACGGCACAGAUGAGUUCGGCUGUCAGGUUGACAUCGGUGGGUUCGAUGCAGAAGACAUCAGCGUCAAUGUGAAAGACGGCAACGUCACUGUUACGGGGAAGAAAGAAACGUUGUUGGAUGACGGCGAGACGUACAGGCUGGAGGAACGCUCGACCGGAAUGCGUCUUCCUGAAAACGUGAGUGACGACCAGGUCAGCUCCGAACUGACCGAAGACAUGAAGGUACGUGUCUCUGUGCCAGCGUUCGAUGACUCUCGACCAUGUUCGUCAGCAUCUGCAGAUAGUUCUUUGGCGGAGAGGUGAGAACACGUUGUUGAGAACAUUGAAACAUCUCAUCACGGACUUAACGGACUGCUCGCAAAGAGCAAGACGCCGUGUUCCACUGUUCGGUUAAUACAACUGCCCAAAUGCGGAGAAACGGAGCCAGCUGAAUGAACCAACAGCUUUCCAUCGUUGGAGAACCGGAACGUUUCUGGACAUCCUUCUGUGAUAACCUUGCAGAAGGCGCAGUUGAUCCUUGUUUCAAGUGUAACCAACAUUGUUCCCGCGUUGCCAAAUGUGCCCAAUACUGAGUCUGUAUGAAGUGCACAGUCCAAGUACUUGACCUGAUUGAUUGAUUGAUUUUAAAAGAAGUACUUGACCUAUAUUUACGUUUCUGAUUGCUUGCACCACGCGAACUAACUCGUGGUAAAUAAUUGUUGUGGUAAAUUUGUGACGCAUCUUUCGGCGGAGACGUUCAUUUGUGUCUGUUCCAACAUUACUCGCGUAAUUACCGCAUAUUCGCCACUAAUUCGACGUUCAAUUGAGAAAACCAGUUGCUCGCACUGUGAACAUACCAGAAUAGAGCUGUAGUAAAGAGAUUAACUAAUGCG